CAGCGGUGAAAUUUUGAACGGUGAAAGGCAGGAUCAGUAGCUAACAUUAAAGAGGGAAACUCGCAGAAAAUUUGAAAAAGGUCGAUCGACCACAUCAGAAGCAGGACAAUAUUCUAGAAACGACAGUCCUGUUGUGAAAUUUAUAGAUUUUCAUUAGGAAAUCACGAGUACAAUCAUUUGGAACGAGCCACGUCGAGAAAGUCUUUCAGGUUGGCGUCAUGUCUCAGAAGCAGAUAUAUUACUCUGACAAAUACGAUGAUGAGAAAUUUGAGUAUAGGCACGUGAUGCUGCCCAAGGACAUUGCCAAGCGCGUGCCCAAGACUCAUCUGAUGUCAGAGACUGAGUGGAGGAAUCUGGGCGUCCAGCAGAGCCAAGGCUGGAUACACUACAUGAUCCAUCAACCAGAGCCCCACAUCUUGCUGUUCCGUCGUCCCCUGCCCGCAGCCUGAUCUCUCGGACAGAGAGCGAGAGAGAACCCAUAGGGAAGAAGAUAAGAGGGUGGCUGGAGAUGGAUGAACACAACUCGGUUGGAUGAAAUAAAGACUCUUUUUGUAAAUACUGCAUCGUAUACACUGCAGUGGAGCUGGAGUCGAGCUCCAACCCACUGCCUCACUCACUGUACAGCCUUUCACAUUUCCUCUGUACCUUCUUGGAAGCCUUUCAUCCUUUUCUCUAUCUGUACUAACUUGAUAAAGUUGUCAAUGUGUGUGUCUGGGAAGAAAAGGAAAAUCCAAGGUUGAACCUUAACCCACUAUACCUGCUGUGAGUUGACGAACAUGAUGCUUAUAUCUGAUUUUAAGCUAGAUAGUAAGAUAGUAAAUGUGUAAAAUGUAGGGGGGACAUUUUGGCAGCGCAAAUGUGCAGGGAUUUUACUGAAAUUACUGUAUGAUCAAAUGCCUGUUAUGGCACUUCAUUCAAAACUUGUUUUGAAUACAGCAGAUUGCAUCAAAUGUAUGCACUCUUACCCUGUACAAAUGAUAGCCCUCUGGACAUUGUAAAAAAAAAUAUAUAUAUAUGUUGUUUUUAAUCAAUAGUGACCUGCUGCAAUUAUAAGUAAUACUGUAGACUGUCUGCAUUUUAGAGCUGUCAAAAUAGGGCCCAAGCUCUUCGUUGCCAUGUCUAUGAUUGUACAAAUCAGCUGCUCAGUUUUUAUGAAUUCUUGUACCCCAGAAAUAAAUGUUUUAAUUUGAAAUUUUUCUCACUGAU